GGCGCUCUAGUAGCCGUGCAGCGUUGUUGCGGCUAUUUUACGUUUUUACUCGUGAAUUCAAAAUAUUAAGAAUACAGAGAAUUCAUUAUUUUUUUGACAUUAAUUUAUAUACCUUAAUGCGACACUUAAACACUCAAAGUAAAAUAUAUAAGUACAUAAUUUUAGGGAUAUUGUCAAAAGGUGAGUAAGUCGGAGCUUUCAUAUAUCUAUAUAACGACAAUGGGGUAUUAUAUUAUAUUAGUUAAACUCAGAACUCAGUAAUGAGUCAACUUUCGUCAAGAAUGCAGUGAAUUUUAAUCUGUUUACUAAUGCGUGACAAAAAUUUAGUUAAAUUUUUAAAUUCAUUACCGAAUAAACAUGCACCAUAUUGGAAAAAUUAUAGUAGCUGUUUUAGCAGCUAUUUCAUUUAAAUUAAACACAAAAACAUACUCUGAUCAAAUAGAAUCAGAAAUAAAAAAUAGUUUUUUAAGUAGAUUUUUUUGUGUUAUUGGUGAAGAUUCCUGUGAUGAAUUUGGAGAACGAAUAAAACGUCAUAUGAGUGAUAUUCUUGAAAACCAGUGUUCAAAAUGUUCAUUACAAAUGCAAGCAGUGGGAUGUGUAGCAAUACCGUAUUUACAGAAUGAGUUUCCCGAUUUAUGGGAAUUUCUUUUAAAAAAAUAUGACAAUAAUCAAUCUCAGAAGUUGUCCAUGGAUUCAUAUUUUUUAAAAGCUUAUAACUGUCUUAUUUUUGACAUUAAUUGUGAUUCAUCUCUACAACUAUUGAGAAAAGCAUUGCCGUUUUUACUAAAAUAUAAUAUUUGUCCAGGAUGUGAUGAUAUAUCUAUGCUAUUUAACCAACAGCUGAAAUUGGCACAAAAAAAAUUUCCUACUUUCUGGAAAGAAGUUUGGGACAAAUACGCCCUGUAAAUACUAAGAUAAUUUUUUUUUACAUUUAAUUGAGAAAUUAAUUAACUAAAUUACAUUUUUUUUAAUUAUUUAAAUACAUUUAUUUAUAAUUAAUGAACUUUUUUAUAUUGCAUAAAAAUAAAUUAAGACAAACAAAAUAAUUAUAAUACUGGAUUAAAAUUUUUAUAAAUUUAAUUAAUUAAA